AUGACCAAGAACGGUGUUAUGUCUCAGCGGUCGGACUCCAAUUUUGGGGUUCAGGCGGAACCUGGCGGAGAAGCAGAGCCGUGGGAAGACGGGACUGGGCUUUGGCGGCGGCGGCAGCAGCAGCAGCAGCAGCAACAGCGGCAGCAGCAGCAACAGGGAUUCGCUGUCCUCUAUGUUUGUCAAGAGCGUUCAACAGGCCUGCGUAGUCGGUCAAAGACCACACAGCAGCAGCAGCAGCAGCAGCAGCAGACGCCGCUAUCGCCAGCGCAGCAGCAGCAGGAGCAGCAGCAGAGAGAAGGGACGUCGGAGGGGCAGCAGCAGCAGCAGGAGCCGCAGCAGCAGCAGACGCCGCAGCAGCAGCAGACGCCGCAGCACCAAAAGCAGUAG